UGGGUUGAUUCAAUCCUCAAGAAGAACCAGAAUCAUCUGUAAGCACUGUUCCAUCUAAAAUGGUGGUGCGAAAUCCUUAAAUGUGAUAGAUCGCCUUCGUUUAUCAAUUCACGUGACUCGGCGUCGCUCCCACGCGUCGGCGCGUCGCAUUCCAAGAAUCGACCGGGUGCCUCAUUGCAUUCUUCUACAAUUGCUCAAGAUUGAGGCUAUACCUGGCAGUCUUUCAUCUAACCCACUGACCCAUCCGAAUACACAGAAACAACAAGCUCUGCCCUUUUUACCCCACAUCAACCGCCAUGGCGGACGGCGAGGAGGCAGUUCAGCUCUUCGAAGCAUGCAGAGUGUGUAUCAUAUGCUCGGAGCACCUCACUCCAGAUACAGCGCAUCAACUUGCAUCGACACUUGAAGAACAUGGCGCUGAAUCAGUCAUCUAUGAGCCGUCAUCGACAUUUCCAUCGCUAGACCAAUUUACCCACCUUAUGUCCUACACAAUCGACUUUCCCGCCUUCGAAGCUGCCAAUGAUGCUCUGAUACCCGUCGUCAAACCCCAGUGGCUGAAAGCGUCUCUAUCAAAGAGGAAGCUGGCCAAUCCGCGACAGUAUAGUCCUGACCCGAGAUUGUUCUUGAACGAUGUCGUUGUCACCUGUGGCGACAUCCCGGAAGGCGACAAGGAUGCGAUUAUUGGUGGGGUACUAGCAAAGGGGGGUCUCUAUAGUCCGAAGAUGUCCCAAAUGGUCACACAUCUAGUGGAUUUGACUACAGAAUCCGAGAAGGCUCGAGUUGUUGCGGCCAGGAAAUUAAAUGUGAAAGUCGUUCUUCCGCAUUGGUUUGACGACUGCCUGAAGCUCGGAAAGCGAAUCGAUGAGCGCCCAUAUACCCUUCCAAACCCAGAAAUUCUCCGCGCAGGUCCCGAUGCACCGAUACGUUCGUCGGAAAACAAAGAUAUCGUUGGUGCCUCAACACCAGAGCCUUCCGGUUUGCCUACCCCCGCUGUGUCUCCCCCUCGAUUAGACGUCUUUGAAGGGAAACAGGUCAUGCUCUCUUCAGACCUUGGUAUUGGUUCGCAUCUCCUGGGAUCAAUUGAAGAUCUUGUCAAACGAGGUGGGGGAGCUAUGACAUCGGAUGUUUCCACGGCGGAUAUGUUGGUCUGUCGCUACAGAGAAGGGUUCGCCUACCGCACGGCGUCGAGAUUAAACAAGGAUGUCGGGAAUCUAUCGUGGCUUUAUCAUCUGAUCACAUACAACACCUGGACCUCACCAUUGCAACGGCUACUCCAUUACCCUGUAUGCCGCACCGGUAUUCCCGGAUUCAAGGGGCUUAAGAUCAGUUUGUCCAACUACGUGGGUGAGGCAAGAGCCUAUAUGGAAAACUUGAUUGCGGCAACGGGUGCCGAAUGCACCAAGACUUUGAAGCAGGAAAACACGCAUUUGAUCACAGCCCAUGGGAACAGCGAAAAAUGUGCCGCUGCCAGAGAAUGGGGACUGCACGUCGUCAAUCACCUCUGGUUGGAAGAGAGUUAUGCAAAGUGGAAACAGCAACCUGUGUCGGACCCUCGUUAUACCCACUUCCCCAAGAGAACUAACUUGGGUGAAGUUGUAGGACAGACCAGACUAGAUCGAUCCGUUCUCGAGAACGUUUUCUUCUCCCCGGAAGAAGCUCAAACCCAAGCCCCUACUAGUCCUAAACGGCCCGCGCAGAGCAAGGAUAAAAGUGCUACGGGCUCCAUGCAACCACCAUCGGCGAAGGCACAAAAGGUCGAUAACGUUUUGGAGAAAAACAGCGCUACACCACGUAGUGUUGGCAGGCCACGGAAGACCUCGGAUAGUAAGAAGAUCGAAACACCUGCACGUACGCGAGUUACAUCCGAAGGAAAGGAAAACGAUACGCCUUCCUCGACAAGCAGCCGGAAAUCCAAGGACGCGGCUAGUGCUAAAAUCCAUGAUUAUGCACCGGACAUUGCAUUGUACGAAAAGGAGAUGAAGCGGGUUGGUGGCGUCAUCUAUGGUGGUAGACGGAAGACCGAUGAGGAUAGGGUGGUACUCAAUGAAAACAAGAAUAGCAAAAAGCGAAGAUCAGUCGAUGCUGAGGAUGAGAGUGAGGGCGACGAUGCAACGGAGGCUAAGCGGCAGAAGAAGUCGCGCCCUCCUGUUACAAUGCAUCUUCUGAUUACCGGAUAUCAAAAGUGGGUGGGAAAUUCGAAGAAAGAAGACGCAGACAAGCGCCAACUCCGCGACAUGGGAAUCUUGGUCACCCAGGAUGCCCGCAAAUGCAGCCAUCUCGCCGCUCCGUCUAUCCUACGAACACCCAAGUUUGUCAACGCUCUCGCAUACGCCCCAGUGAUUGUCGAUAUCGAAUUCAUCACGCAAUGCCUCAAGAAGAACGAGCUUCUCAACGCCGCCGAUUUCCCCUUGGUGGACAAGGCCGCCGAGAAAAAGUUCAAAUUCUCCCUCGGAAGUGCUGCCGCCAAAGCGAAGGAAAACAAAAACAAGCUCCUGCGGGGCUACCACAUCUACUGUGUCGAGACCAUCCGUGGAGGCUUUGACGCUUUCAAGUCCAUCGUCGACGCCAACGGAGGAGACUGCUUGCUAUUCCGCGGACGCCUUUCGUACCACCCCCAGCGGGAGGAAAGCGAAGACGACAGCUCAACAGACGAGGACCCGAGUCGGAAGGAAGUCUACCUUCUCAGCAGCGUGGCCGCUGAUCACCAGAAGAUAUGGCCCCGGUUCCGCCAAAUGGUGCAGCAAAUGGGCAAAAAGCCCCGGAUUGUCCGCGUGGAUUGGCUUCUUGACAUUGCCAUGUCUCAGGAACUACAUGCCGCGAAUGAAUACGAGUUGAACGAGGAUAUGGAAGAUGGAAAGGCCGAGUAGCUAAUUUUAGAUUAUUGGUCUUUGGUGUCGGUGUUAUGCAUUGAUUUGGAGCGUAGGAAACUUACUUACCUUGUACAUGUUUUUUUGUCUCGGGAUUUGACUUGUAUAUUUUCUAUAUCUUUCAGCAUAAAGAUUACUUGAUACAUUGGUAGCAUUCUAGGAAUAGACAUAAAAAUUAAAUCAAUUCCCUUAAUGUUGGGCCUGUUAUGAACA